GAGUUUCUUAUACUGGGAUUCCCAGCUCUGAAUGAUUACAAGUUGACUUUCUUCUCCAUUGUUCUUCUCAUGUAUUUCAUGACUAUAUGUGAAAAUCUCUUGAUCAUUUUACUGGUGUCAACAAGCCAACGUCUCCGUUCUCCAAUGUAUUUCUUCCUUGGGCAUUUGGCACUGUCAGACAUCGUCCUUGUAACAAGUAUUGCUCCUAAGAUGCUGGAAGUUAUCAUAAGAGGAGGGAGCACAAUUCCUUAUGUUGGGUGUUUAGCCCAGUUUUACCUUUAUGGGGGAGCGGUCUGUGCAGAGUGUUUUUUGCUCACGGCCAUGUCCUAUGACCGGUUCUUGGCCAUCUGUAGACCACUACAUUAUAUCUCAGUGAUGGGUGUCAAGCUUAAAUAUAGCCUGAUCAUCUCAUCCUGGCUGCUCAGCUUUAUGUUAGUACUUAUCACAUUUUUACUUGUAUGUGGCUUAGACUUCUGUGGGUCAAAUGUUAUUAACCAUUUCUUUUGUGACUUUGCUCCUCUUUUAGAACUUUCUUGCUCAGAUACAACUGGCGUGGGUAUUGAAAUGAUUGUCCUCUCUUUUCCUAUUAUUUUGCUACCUUUCCUACUAGUAAUUAUAUCAUAUGUCUGUAUUUUUAGAACUAUUUUUGGAAUUUCCUCUGCCUCAGGUAGACAAAAGACUUUCUCCACUUGCAGCUCUCACUUGGUGGUUGUUUCUACCUAUUAUGGUUCCAUGCUCAUCAUCUACAUGGUUCCUUUCAGAGGACAUUCAGUGCCUGUGAACAAGUUUAUUUCUCUUGUCUACAUUGUCCUGACCCCCCUUCUAAACCCAGUUAUAUACAGUCUAAGGAACAAGGAGAUUCAGUCUUCUGUGAUUGUUUAUUUGAUGGUUUGUAGUAAAAAAUAG